AUGGCCGCAACCAAGAUGAUGCAAUGGUCUAUCGACAAACCUGACAGUGAACUCAAGGGCAUGAGUUACACUGAGGUACCAAUCCCCCAGGUUGGUGAAAAUGAUGUCUUGGUGAAGUUCCAAGCAGCCGCUCUCAACUACCGUGAUGUUGCUAUCGGGAAGGGUACCUUUCCUUUCCCUCACAAGUACCCCAUCGUCCCCGGUUCCGAUGGCGCUGGCGUGGUGGUCAAAAUCGGCUCUCGAGUCACGGAAUUCAAAGAAGGCGAUGCGGUUUUGACAAUUUUCAACCAAGGGCACCAGUAUGGUGACAUAAAUCCUUAUGCAGCGUCCACUGGUGUGGGUGGUACUAUUGAUGGUGUAUUGCGCCAGUAUGGUGUCUUCAGCGAGCUUGGUUUGGUGAAAGCUCCAAAGAAUUUGACUGCUAUCGAGAGUAGCACCCUACCCGGUGCGGCUCUUACUAGCUGGAAUGCUCUCUACGGCCUCAAGCCUCUCAAACCUGGCCAGAUCGUUUUGGUCCAGGGAACUGGAGGUGUCAGCGUCUUCGGGCUUCAGAUUGCUAAAGCAGCUGGCGCCGUUGUCAUUGCUACAACAUCUUCAGCGGAGAAGGCAGAGAAGCUGAAACAGCUCGGCGCCGACCACGUCAUCAACUACAAAACCACCCCGAAUUGGGGAGAGAUCGUUCGCGAUCUGACCCCUGAGAAACUUGGAGUGGACUAUAUUCUGGAAGUUGGAGGACUAGGUACCUUUGAGCAGAGUCUGAAGUGCAUCAAGAUGGACGGCAUUAUUACCGCUAUUGGGUUCUUGGGUUCCAGUGACAGCCCUCAACCUGGUCUUAUGGAAGCCUUGACCAAUAUCUGCACCGUUAGAGGUGUCUUCGUUGGCAGUCGUGCCAUGCUCAAGGACCUGGUCCAGGCCGUCGAGGCGAACAAUCUUCAUCCUGUUAUUGACGAGGUCAGCUUUAAUCUUGAUCAAACCAAGGAGGCAUUUGAGUACUUGGGAGGCCAAAAGCAUUUUGGAAAGGUUGUUGUUAAAAUUGAGUGA